AUGAGCCGCCCCAAAAACAGCCGAGAUAUACGAAUGCAAAAACCAUAUCAGUUGCUGAGAUUAAAAUACAAAACAUUUGUCGUGGAAUGGAUACCUGAUCACUGUGGCAUUAAAGGCAAUGAGAUUGCUGACGCAUUUGCAAAGAAGGGGACAACAAUUAUGCAAUCCAUAGACUGGCCGAUGACUUUCCACACAAUGAAGACGUUAAUCAGGAGAGAAUUCCAUACCUCAAUGUGCGACGAACUUAAAGCUCGAACAAAUGAGAAACGGUGUACAGUGGCACACUCCGAGAUAACCGGUUGGCCGAGAAUAGAAGCCGUUGCUGAGUUUAGUCUACGUACCGGACAAGAUGACAUGUCAAAGUACCUUCAUACUCAAUCAACGUGCAUCCUACGCAAACUACAAGAAGAAAUUGGGAUGUCCCACCUAAUUUGGUGUCCAGCCUAA